CUAAGUAAGAGCUUCAACGGUUGCUCCUCUGUUUCUCCUGUCUUUUCCCACAAAAAAGGUUUUGUCUCUCUCCUUUUGAGUCUCUCCCAACGGUUCAGAAUGCUAAAGUAGCCGUUGAUGAGCCAGCCAGUCUUUUUCCCCUUCACCUUUAUUAAAGGCCCACCAACCUUGAUUUUGUUCUGGUUCUUGAACGGUAAUCACCAUUAACAGAACAAAGUAGAGACCCUCUGUGUCUGAUGGCUAAAGCUGCCUUCUCCCUCAUUUUCCUGCUCUUGUCCGUCGCUUCCGGAUCAGGGGUACCUGUAUCUGAUGUCAAUGGGCAGAAAACUUGGUGUGUGGCCAAGCCAUCGUCAGACCAAGCAACUCUACUGGCGAACAUAAACUAUGCCUGCUCUCAGGUGGACUGCAAAAUCCUCCAAAAGGGAAGCCCGUGCUUUUACCCCGAUGAUCUAAUGAACCAUGCCUCCGUCGCCAUGAACCAAUAUUAUCAAUCACAUGGAAGGAACCACUGGAACUGCGAUUUCAGAAGCUCCGGCCUCGUUGUUGUCACUGAUCCGAGCUACAGCAAUUGCAUCUACGCAUAGCGUAACUCGGAAGUCGUAUUUGUACUAGUAGGAGGACUAGAUUUUCGCAGAAGGAAUGUCAUAGUAGAGAGUAGCUGUCAUAUUCUUGAGACGUGUCAGAUGUAUUCUUGUGCUUCUGGUCAUCUUUGAUCACUGUUCUGAUAUUAAUGACAUUGUAGAGGAGGAUGCCUUCUUUCUUUCCCCA